AAGCAUUUGCUGCAAGUUAUACAGAUCCGUACACAUCUAAUGCGAAGUACGAUAUCUGAUAAUUUUGAAAAAUGUAUUGCCGAUGUGAGAAAUGAAAUUGAUGACAUAAUAAAUGAAGCACUGAACCCCAAGGCAACAAAAGGAGACGACGUAAUAAUAGCAGUCACGAUCACCGAGUUGCCGCAUUAGAAGUAUGCGAUAAUAUAAUUUCAAUUCAAAGAUCAUUUGAUAUCCGCAUCCCUUCUUUUCCCUUAAUACUUUGGAGAAUACUGUGGAAAGUUUCCUGAUGGCAAGUUGGCUUAUCCCGAAUUAGAAAAAAGUCGUUUACAGACAGCAUUGUCUGUUAUUUAUGCACGGAAUGAUUGC